GGAAGCACAUGAUAGCGACUCUGCUAAUGUCAUCAUGUGUGACAAAUAACCUGUAAGAGAUAUAAGUGUUAUUUUUAUAUAAAGAUUAUACUACGUUUCAUUAAUAAUCAUAAAAUGUCAGUAGCUGUAGCAACGCCGGUCCUCUCCAUGGAGCCGGACUCUGAGCGGUGUGGGAGCGAGGAAGAGAACCGCAGUGUCGAAGCGGAGGACCGGAGUCAGCAGCCGACAGGCCCCGCAGCAGCCGCGUCCCACAGCCGGCUGUCCAAACUCCCGCUGACCCGAAUCAAAGCUCUGAUGAAGACCGACCCAGACGUGUCCCUCGCCAGCCAGGAGUCUGUGUUUAUAAUCGCUAAAGCCACGGAGUUGUUUGUUGAGAUGAUUGCCAAAGAUGCUCUGGUUUAUGCCCAGCAAGGAAAGAGGAAAACCUUGCAAAGAAAAGACCUGGACAAUGCAAUAGAGGCCAUAGAUGAGUUUGCAUUUCUUGAAGGCACGCUUGAUUAAAGGGUUUUUUACGAGAUCUCUUGAAAAUUUCACUUCUGCAAUCAUCAGUCAUUUCAUUACAGAGAGAAACGUCUUGCUUCUUUUCUAAAUCAAAUUAAACAGAUUGGAUGUUCAUUAGUCAUGUUUUUAUACAACUGGCCAUCGAAUUUGUUUUUGAUAAUGUGUACAUGGAUUUGUAAAUAUUUGUGUGAUACUGCUGUACAAUGAAAUAAAUGUGGUAAGGUUGUAUCAGGUUUGAA